GAAAUAUUAUUCGAAAUAUUUGGUAUUCUGGUGCUUAUAUUGCAAUGUUUUCUCCAAAGCAACAUUGAUUCAUCAAAAGGAAAAACCAAAAAAAUCUGAUAGAUUUGGAUACGAAACAAGCUGGUGGAAUCCUGAACCAUGGAUGUCAGAUCAUAAAGUUCCUGUCCUGAUUGGACCGCCUCUGCAGAAACCAAACUUCGAAAGAUCUCGUGGAAAAAUCGAACCAAUUCGACCUCCUGCUCCUUUGGAACAUAUUCACCCGCCAGCACCUUUGGUGCAAUCAACAUCCUCAACCCCAAUCAUUCGACAACAGAAAAUUGAAAACGAGCAACUCACAAGAGUACACGCAGAGGAUAUUAGGUGCACACGAUCGAAUGGAAUAACUCUUUUCACUGCACGAAUAAUUCCUCCCCAUGAUUUCACGUCACUGCCGGUGUUCGAGAAUGCUGACAACAGUUAUUCAUCCUCUGAUUGUGACAUGAGGAGUACUUUUGAUCAGAGGACAUUCGACAUGCAUGUUCAACAUUUCUCUAAAUGCGGUGUCAGAAUUCAACAAGAUGCAGAGGGAAAGGAAUGGAUGUCUGUCACCUUAAGAUUUCCUUUUGUUAAGGGUUUAAGAAUGGCUGAGGAUGAAUACGUUAUGAUUAUGUGUCGACCACAGGAACGAAUCGCAUUCACACACCAUAUCAUGGAUAUGCGAGGGCGUUCAUCAGAAGCAGAUCUCAGGAAAGUGUUCAGCAUUUCUCGUGAUGUGUUUUGCAAGGUAUCCCUGAUGACAACAGCACAAGGGACUAAAUCUUUCAGCAGAGAGAUAAAGACGGGACAAGUCUUGAAUUUGGGACAAGAUUUACAAAUUAGAGCCAUCAUCAGAGAAGGAAGCGGAUGGAAGUAUGCUAUGUUGAAAGAGGUGGUCGUUUCUUGCCCCAGAGAUGAAGCUCAGUCAAGCUAUUUUAAUGAUUUUGGGAGCAACGAAGAUGGAGAGAAUGCCGUUUACAGUGACAAGCGAAGUGCCCAUUCAUCAGUUACGAAUUCGGCACUACUAGUUUUUAACAAUGGAUGCCGGAAUCCUAUUUACAAGGCUAUCGCUCCCCAUCACCCACAGAGAAACUCUAGUCAUCCAUUGAUGGUAACUUUCACAUUUAAAGCCUUCAUGUUUCAAAAUAUGGUGGACGGAGAUGUCUUAAGAUUAUCCAUUAAAGUGAUCGCCUGUGCUGACCUCUCUGACUGCCAACCGAGAUUUUGUGAGAGAGACUUUCCAAAAAUUUCUGAAGAAAGAAAACGAAGGGAAUCUGUGAAUCGAAAAAUCAAUCAGAUGAAGGAUUUUGCGGAAAAUUUUGAGUUAAACGUGGCUCUCGGAGGAUUUUCCAAAUUGCCUCUUACCUCACACGCAGAAGAAUUUGAAGAACAAACCUCUGAGGGCAAUUGUAAAUUUUUACUUCUUACAGUGCUGAGUGUGGCCAUAUUGUUUUUUAUCUGUUUAACGGGAGCAGUUGCUAUAAUAGUUGGAAAUCUAAGAAGGAAAGCUUCUACUGGAUAUGAGAAAUAGUGCCAUUUCUUUUGUAAGUGCCAACAUCACACACGCACAUAUUUUACCGUACAAAAUGAGUCAUGUAAGUCUGUGGUUCCCAAAUAGUGUUCUGCGGAACCCUACAGUUCCCCAGAAGAAUAAAAGAGGUUCCAUAAGUUAGUACUUUUUAUAGCCUGUGAUAAUUUUUGAAAACACUGAUUAUAUUUACAUCUAACCAACAGCCUUUCAGUUGGUUUCUAAAAAUUAAUUCGAGUAAAAUGCCAAUGAAAAAGAAAUGGCAUUCUUUAAAAGAAAAUAUAAUAUUUCUAAUAACAUAUUAAAUGAAGAAAACAAGCCUUUUUAAAAUAUUGGAUUAGUAUUUCUUACUGCGCUGAUCAAAUCAAAAUAACUAAAUUCUUUAUUAAAGAAGUAUGUUUCUCUAAUAAUCAUUUUCAAGGUUUAUAGCAAUUGUUUUCAGAUUUCAGUUCAAAGUAAACCAUAAUUUGGUUUAUUUUAUUUAUUUUGAGCUUAUGUAUAUAUACCAAAAACAAGUUCAUGACUAGACCAGAUAUAGCACAGACUGCAAAUUUAAAUGUCAGGCAUAAAACCUAUUUUAAGCUUAUUAAUGAUAGAACACUGAAAAAUCUAUCUUCCUCUAAUUAAAUAUUUUAAAAAUAGUUUUUAAGAGGUUAAUGCAUUCAAGGUAUCUGCUAAAUCUAAAGCUUUUAAAUCCAUGACUUUCCAUAAUGUUCCAUGACUUACACAGGAUAAUGCAUAAUUCAAUUUAGUAAAAAAAAAAAAAA